AUGCUUUGUAAACCAUUAUUACGCCAUUUUUUUAUCUCAAUUAAUCGACGACAAUUUCAUAGGACACAUCCACGUGGAUGUGGGCAACUAGGCAUACCAUUAGCUAAACGAUUACGAGAAUUAUAUGGUGUUAAAAAUGUUGUACUCUCCGAUAUUGUUCGACCUUCGGAUGAACUUCUUCAACAAGGAACAUAUCAAUAUGCUGAUGUAAUGGAUAUUAAACAAGUUCAAGAACUUUUAGUUAAUAAUCAAAUUGAUUGGCUUAUUCAUCUCAGUGCUUUACUGAGUGCUGUUGGUGAAAAAGAUGUUCCGUUAGCAAUGAAAUUAAAUAUUGAAGGUACACAUCAUAUUCUUGAAUUAGCACGAAAAUAUAAAUGUAGAUUAUUUAUUCCAAGUACAAUUGGUGCCUUUGGACCUGAUUCUCCACGAAAUCCAACACCAGAUUUUUGUAUUCAACGUCCUCGAACAAUUUAUGGUGUAUCAAAAGUACAUGCUGAAUUAUUAGGCGAAUAUUUUUUUUAUAGAUUUGGUGUUGAUUUUCGAUGUUUACGUUUUCCAGGUGUUAUAUCAGCUGAUACAAAACCAGGUGGUGGUACAACAGAUUAUGCAAUCGAAAUAUUUCAUGAUGCUCUAAAAUCUGACUCUUAUAAAUGUUAUUUACGUGGUGAUACACGUUUACCAAUGAUGUGGAUUGAUGAUUGUAUUCAAUCGAUUGUUAGUAUUAUGGAAGCAUCAAAUGAUCAAUUAAAACAACGAACAUAUAAUGUUGCUGCAAUGAGUUUUACACCAGAUGAAUUAACAAAAGCUAUACAAAAAUAUAAACCUAAUUUUAAAAUUUCAUAUCAAAUUGAUGAUCGUCAAAAUAUUGCUGAUUCAUGGCCAGAAGUAUUUGAUGAUCAUAACGCUCGUAAACAUUGGAAUUGGAAUCCAAAAGUUGAUCUUGAUGGACUUGUUCAAAGAAUGUUUGAUUAUUUAGAACGACAACAGAACUUGAAAUAG